CACACCCCCCGCCAGGAUUAUGUCUCUUUCGUUUUCAUUUCCCGGAAGGCUCGAAUGUGAAAAUAGACUUUUUAUUUCUUUGAAAGUAAUAUGAAGUCUUUACUUAAAAUGGAGUUCAGGGAGGUUUAACCUGAAGUUUAUUUCAGUCAUUGGGCGAGUUGUAAGUCCGCGUAUAAGUAAAUUAAAUUAUUUUUUUGUUACAAUCGAAAAAAGGACUUUUCCAUGGAGAACAUUUCCCUGUCACCUUUGGUCAAGCAAGAAAACAGAGCAAACAGUCCUUCAAUGCUUACAAGGCAAGUCAACGUUCCUCCUAGUGGGCAUCCCUCAGCCCCUAACCAGCUUCCUCUGGCCAGUCCUCCCACUCAGGAAGAUCUGUGGCAUCUACCUGGACGGCUGCGAAUAAACCCAUCACUGUGGGAUAAGGAUGAUGUUGCCCACUGGCUCCACUGGGCUCAGAAGGAGUACUCGCUGCGCCGGCCUGAGAAGGGGUGCUUUGAGAUGAAUGGCCGAGCCCUGUGCCUGCUCACAAAGGAAGAUUUCAGACACCGCUGCCCCAGCUCAGGUGAUGUCCUGUAUGAGAUCCUACAGUGUGUAAAACAGCAGAGGAGGAGUGUGGUCUGCAACCCCCUAAAUACGUCUCCCUCCCUGGCAACCGGACACAUCCAGACCACAGUCGGCCACCUGGUCCCUGCCCAUAAUGUCCAAGAGCCACAACCUCCCACAGUCCAGGACACUUCAGUUUCCCUCGCUUUCACUACUGCAGUGUCGGCAGCUGUUGUAACGACUGCGAGCAGCCAGACAGAGCCCAUGUCCCUACUCAGAGAUCGCCCUUUGAUCUUAUACACUUAUCCUGCUCCUCUCACACAUAGUACUGUAGCUGUCUCUACAUCUCCCCCCCAAAAAGUCCAGUGUCCUCCCCAAACAGGGGGCAUCAUUCAGGAGCCCCUCAACCUGUCUAGCCGGGAGAAGCCUAGGAGCCCACUGCACAAAGCUAAUGGCCGCAUCCCAGAGUGCCGACUGCUAUGGGACUACGUGUAUCAGCUGUUGUGUGAUGACCGAUACCAAGAAUACAUCAGAUGGGAGGACCAGGACAGUCUGGUGUUCAGGGUGGUUGAUCCCAACGGGCUGGCACGUCUCUGGGGAAACCACAAGAACCGUGACAAUAUGACAUAUGAGAAAAUGUCCCGUGCUUUGCGGCACUACUACAAGCUCAACAUCAUCAAAAAGGAGCGAGGACAGAAACUCCUCUUCAGGUUCCUGAAAACCCCACAGGACAUCAGGAAACAGCAGGCUGACCCUCCAGAGUCCCCAGAACACACUCCUCCUCAGGACAGGGACUUUACAGACAGCAGUCCUACACAUGAGUUCAUCGAUGACCAUUUUGAGGUUUCCCCUGAUCGUGUUUCUCCACAGCCUCCUCCAACUGGUGCUCCAGUCAGAUAGAACAGCAGGAUUAGAUGUCCAAAUAUGGUACAAAAACAAUUAUUACAGGAUAAAAAAGGAGAUCCUGCAUGUCUAUCAUGUGGUUUCAGCUUCAUAAAAUGUACAAAAUGCACAGCUAGGUGUAAUGUCUUUGGGUUUUUGCACUGUGAGAUAGCGUUUUAUUUUGCUGUAAAUCAAUGUAUGUAUUGCUGUGAUCAGAAUGAACACUAAUAUUAAGGGACAAGGAAAACUGUGAAAGAUAUCACAUCAAUAUCCAACCACCAGAAUCAUCUUCAUAAUUAAAAUGUAUCAGGCUUCUCAACACAACCGCAAUACAAAAUGUGUACUAUUUUCACUAUAUGGUUCUUGCAGGUAAGUGUAGGAAAUGGCUUGAAUUUGUUCAGUUUGUUUCAGAUUGUUCUUAAAUGAGAUGCAGCAGAAUGGAGUGAUUGUUAGUCUUCACAAAAAAAAAGUAAGGAAACAUUUUUGUGGAAGGUUGAAUCCCAGUUUGUACAGACAGUUAUUUCACAAAUAGUUUUCUAUAUUAGCUCCAAGACGAGCUAUUUGUUGCAAAGAGCAAAGUAACCAGUUGGACAUUGUCUAUAGGCUAGUUGUAAUCACACUUUAUCCUGCCUUGUCUGUUGAAUAAUCUUGAAUAGUCUGGAUGCUAAUUAUAAGUGUUUUUCAUGAUUUGUAAAAUAAAUAUUUUGUAUGGUA